AUGUCAAGUAUAGCCGACGUCAUACCUUUCAUCUUGAAAGGAAGCCGUGAAGGUGUGGAAUUGAGACGAAAAUAUCGGAAAACUUUUAACAUGCAAUCUGAAGAGGGCUCUGAAGAUAACAGCGGAACUUUUAUUGGCAGAAAAAACUAUGCUGAUAUAAUUACACCAGGGGUUCAUGGUAUUUUUAGACAAAAAUCAUUUGGAGCAUGUGACCGUCUAACAAAUUUGACGUCGUAUGCUAAAGCCGCGAGCCUGUCAAUCGGAAAUGCUGUAGGAAUCGGAAAUUUAUUCAGUCGUAAAAUGGCGGCCAAUCCGAAUACUUCAUAUCCGUGGCCAAAUAGUGAGGAUGAUUACGAAAUACUGGACGUUAUUGGUGUUGGCGCCACGGCCGUAGUGUAUGGUGCAUAUUGUAAACCAAGGGGAGAGAAAUGCGCUAUCAAGAGGAUAAAUUUGGAAAAAUGGAACACCUCUAUGGACGAGCUUCUAAAAGAAAUACAUGCAAUGUCAAGCUGUAACCAUGAAAAUGUAGUAACUUACUACACUAGUUUUGUAGUCAGCGAUGAAUUAUGGCUUGUGCUGAAACUGCUUGAAGGUGGUAGUCUCUUGGAUGUUAUUAAACAUAAAAUGAAAGUGAGCAACUGUAAACAUGGAGUGUUUGAUGAGGCAACUAUUGCUACUGUUCUCAGGGAGGUACUAAAGGGAUUGGAAUAUUUUCAUAGCAAUGGACAAAUACACAGAGAUAUAAAAGCCGGAAAUAUUUUACUAGGCGAAGAUGGUACCGUUCAAAUAGCUGAUUUUGGUGUAUCUGCGUGGUUAGCCACCGGCAGAGAUAUGUCCAGGCAAAAAGUUAGACAUACAUUUGUCGGCACUCCUUGCUGGAUGGCACCUGAAGUAAUGGAACAAGAUCAUGGAUAUGAUUUCAAAGCUGACAUUUGGUCUUUUGGUAUAACGGCUAUAGAGAUGGCGUCGGGAUCUGCGCCUUAUCAUAAAUACCCACCUAUGAAAGUAUUGAUGUUAACUCUGCAGAAUGAUCCACCUAAUUUAGAUACAGGUGCCGAUGAAAAAGAGCAGUAUAAGUUGUACGGAAAAACCUUUAGGAAAAUGAUAGUGGAUUGCUUACAAAAAGAUCCUAGCAAAAGGCCAACUGCCACUGAGCUACUGAAGCAUCCAUUCUUCAAAAGAGCUAAAGAUAAGAAGUACCUCACUCAAACUUUAGUGGCUAUUGGGCCGAGCAUGGAAACCAGAGUACAUAAGGCAAGUAAAAGGCAAUCGGGCACCUCCGGAAAGUUACACCGAACUGUCACUGGAGAGUGGGUUUGGAGCGAGGAGGAUGAAGAGAAUACAGAACAUCAGGAAACCGACGAGGAACCGUCGGUCAGCGACGAUAAGAAGCCAAUGAACGAACUACAAAAGGCCGAGUCUAGUGCCAGCGAAAAUGAAGAGGUCAGACUUUGUUAUUAUUUGAAAAGUUCUGUCAGUCGUAGUUUACCUGCGCCGCAACAAGCUGUAAAUCUAGUAUUGCGGUUAAGGAAUGCUGAACAUGAGUUGAAUGACAUCCGUUUCGAGUAUAUUCUGGGCAAGGACUCAGCCGAAGGUAUAGCCUCAGAGCUAGUGGGAGCUGGCCUAGUGGAUCCCCACGAUUCUGAACCCAUAUCUGUGAAUCUGAACAAAUUGCUAGAGGCGCAUCAGUCACCUACUCCGGGUCUCCCAAAAGUUAUUACAUUCCAUUUGAAUUCCUCGGGACCCAAUGAACAAUACGACGACAAAACGUUGGUAGGUUUCGCGCAAAUAUCAAUUGUCGAGUAAAGUAUUUAUCAG